GUUUCUGCUGUAUCUCAAUGUUGCUGUCUGUCUGUCAUGGUGUCUGUCUCUCUCUCAUUACUUGUGUUCUCUGUCAGUCAAUGCCAGCAGGGAUGAUGAUGCAGCCUCAGCCUGUGGUUCUGAUGCCUACAGUAUAUCAACAAGGUGUUGGCUAUGUGCCCAUAGCAGGUGUCCCAGGUAUGUACAACCAAGGUAUGGUGCCCAUGGGGAUGCCAGUUGUACCUCCUGUUGCACCACAGAGUGCCCCGUGCAGUGAGGAGGACCUUAAAGCCAUUCAGGACAUGUUCCCUAACCUGGAUAAGGAAGUGAUUCGUACGGUGUUGGAGGCCCAACAGGGCAACAAGGAUGCUGCCAUAAACUCCUUGCUACAGUUGACGGAGGAGCUUUAACUGAAGAACUGUCACUCGGCCGAUGAAAUGUACAACUGAACCAACAAUGUAGAACAUUAUACCAAAAACACAACACUCGCAACAAACCCCUGUAAAAAUGCACACUUAAUUGUAGCAAGUAAAUCUAACCGCUUUCUUGUCUUUGUUACAUCAGCACUCAAAAUCAGAAAGUGUCUGGAUAUAUAGAGGACGUACAAUGGAGUGGUUGGCAAAGUUGUGUCCUUUGUGGGUAAUAUGCCAUAUCUGUGUUCUACUGACCCCGUGUCUUAAAGAUGUUUGAUAUAUGCUCUUGUCUGUUUGAAUUUAGAUGCAUAAAUGUACAUGAUUAUAAUUUAUUUUGAAGUAUAUUAAAGAGAUUAUCUGUG